AUGCACGCUGGACUUGCAUGGCUAGGACUCGCACCCAAAACGGCCAGACCGGCCAAAAUUUUCCAGUCUUGUACGCGGAUCGCUGACUUUAAAGUGCCUCUCGGCCAUCCAGUCAGACAAGCUUCCCCCAUGGCAAGCUCAUCGCAGAAUGUAUCCGUGUCAAUCCAGAGCAAUGGCGACGACAGGACGUACGAGCAAGCAAUGGCAAUACUGGAGAGCCGUCGACGGACUAACAGACCCUUGACGUCUGCUGAUAGUGCACCAAAGAAUCGCGGCGUGCCCAGCAAGGUCGGCAUGGCAGAAUGGCUCAGUGCAUUGGGACAUACAGAAGCCGAUGUGAAUGCUCUCAGCAUAAUCCAUGUGGCCGGUACAAAGGGCAAAGGAAGCACCUGUUCGUUCAUCGAGUCCAUGCUGAGAGCACAUGCAUCGCGCACCUCUUUUCCCAGGAACAUUGGACUUUACACGUCGCCACACCUCAUCUACCCCGAGGAACGGAUCAGGAUUGGUUUCCAGCCUCUGUCCCGGGAUCUCCUAGCCAAAUACUUCUUCGAGGUCUACGACUUACUACCGCAGCUGGCUACGGAGCUGGACAUUUCCAAAUCACCAAUAGAGCGUGGGCCACGGUACUUGCAACUGUGGGCCUUACUUGCGUUUCAUGUGUUCAUACGUGAAGGCGUAGAUGCCACUAUAGUAGAGACCCACAGCGGAGGCGAGCACGAUGCUACAAAUGUGGUGUCGAAGCCUGUCGUGACAGCGGUAACCUCACUAGGCAUGGAUCAUAUUGACAUGCUAGGUCCGACGUUCGAGGACAUUGCAUGGCACAAGGCUGGCAUCUACAAAAAAGGCGCGGUCGCUCUGUCCACUACUCAAGCACCUUCAGCCCUUGAUGUUCUCCAGCAGCGGUCGAAACAGGUCGAAGCAUCCCUAAUCGUGGUAGAUCAAGAUUCACGGUUACCAGCUAAAGCUUCGCAGCUCAACCCGUCUGUGCAGCGUAAGAAUGCGAGCUUGGCGGCUGCGGUUGCUCAAGCGUUCCUUGAAAGAACUGCACCUGCUGGCCAAGGUGAGCUCACCGUGGAAGACGUCAGGAUGGGAGUCGAGCAAUGGAGCUGGCCGGGAAGAUACCAAACUGUUACUCGCGGACAACAUACCUGGUUCCUCGAUGCGGCACACAACGAAAUGAGCAUCGCAUUAGCUGCUCAAUGGUUCGAAGAAACCAGUUUGGACUUCGCUGGACCGGAGAGAGGUGUGAGUCGUACUGUCGUCUUCAGUCACAUCAAUGAGCUCCGAGAUGCAGAUGCCUUGCUCGAACAAUUAGCAGCGGCGCUCAAAGCCUGUAGCGUGGACGUGCAACAUGUUGUCUUCACCACCUAUGCCGACGCUGUCGAGUCCGCAAGCAAGGUAUCGGAGAGCUCGCUAUACUUCGAGACCAUUUGGCGAAGGUAUCUACCGAACACCUUAGUCACGCACGAACCGACCAUCACGGGUGCGGUUAACCGUGUGAAGACAUUCGCGGCAGAAGAUCGUGUAGCACACACGCUGGUCACUGGAAGUCAGUCUCUGGUCGGUCCAGUCUUGCGUCUUCUGCAGCACGACCAUGCGGUGCGAAGUGCUACCGAUUGA